ACCUUUUUUGAGGUAUUUUGUUGGUUUGUUAUUUUGAUCUAGGCAUUUAUUUCUUCAUAUUUUUUUUGGACUUUUUUAGUAUUGUGAUUUUUACUGAUUCUAUGGCAAGUUUUGAAAGAACUGUAAUUCAUCCUGCUACUACUAUGGUUGUCAAAGAAGUGAUAAACCAACCUAAUGUUAACCUUGAAUACCUAAAACAGGAUCUUGUGUCACAAAAAGUCCAAGUUUCAUGUCAUGCUGUCUUUUGGGAACAUAGUAAGUUCUCAUCAUUGUCAAACUUCAAAGUGUCAUCCUCUCAUCAACCUCCAUUUUUUACUAAUCCUUCUAUUGAGCUAUUUCCUAGUGAUUCUAAAGCAGGUACAUUUGAUGAGCUCUACAAUGCCUCACCACAUGCUCCAACUAGUUCUAUAGAAGAUGAUUUGCUUGCUAGUAAUGCAUUAGAUAAUUUUGAGCCAUCUUCUACUUCCUCAUUUGUAUCACUUAUUGAUGUUGCAUUUGAUAUUGUUGAGUCUAAAAAUGAGCAUGUUGUCCCAUCCUCGAGUCAUCCUACUCAAGUAAGAAACCCUCCUAGCUACCUUUGUGAUUAUCAUUGUUUUCUUGUUAUUACUUCUUUACAUGAGUCUCAAUCCUAUCAAGAGGCCUUUUCUAACUCUCUUUGGCAACAAGCUAUGCAAGAUGAAUUACAGGCUCUUGAGAACACUUGUACAUGGAAUUUAGUUGAUCUCUCUGUUGACAAGUCUCUAAUAGGCUGUAAAUUGGUGUACAAGAUCAAAACACAAUUUGAUGGUUCUGUGGAGCCUUAUAAGGCACACUUGGUUGCCAAGGGUUUUACACAGGAGUAUGGAAUGGAUGCGAAAAAUGCUUUUCUUAAUGGUGACCUAGAAGAAGAAGUUUAUAUGAAACCACCCCUUGGGCUCAACCAUCCUCCAAACAAGGUAUGCCAAUUACGAUGUGCAUUAUACGAGUUGAAGCAAUCUUCUCGAGCUUGGUAUGCAAAGUUUAGUGCUAUUGUGAGUGAGUUUAGUUUUACUUCCAGUCCACAUGAUACGGCUUUAUUCAUUCGUAAGAUUGCUCAGGGUAUGGUUCUUUUACUUCUUUAUGUUGAUAAUAUGAUUAUUACUAGAGAUGAUGUUGCAGGUGUUGAAGAGCUAAAACAAUCUCUCAGUAAGAGAUUUGAGAUGAAAGAUCUUGGUGUUCUAAGCUAUUUUGUAGGGCUUGAAGUCACCCUUUCAGAUGAUGGCUACCUACUUUCUCAAGUAAAGUAUGCCUCUGAUCUUGUUUCUAAAGCUGAACUCAACGAUGGUAAGAGUGUUUCUACACCUAUUGAACCUAAUGUCAAGCUUACACCUAUGGAUGGCUCUCCACUUUUUGAUCCUACUUUUUAUCAGCAAUUGAUUGGUAGUUUGGUUUAUCUUACCGCGACAUGCCCUGAUAUAGCAUAUGUAGUUCACAUUGUUAGUCAGUUUAUGGCUGCUCUUCAUUCCAUUCAUUAUGUAGUAGGACUUCGUAUUAUUCUAUAUGUUAAGGGAACUUUAUUUCAUGGACUCCAUUUUUCUGCCAACUCCUCCCCUGUGCUUCGCGCUUACUCCAAUGUUGAUUGGGCUAGUGAUCCUUUCAAUCGUAGAUCUACCACUGGUUAUUGCCUUUUUCUUGGUGUUGAAUCCGGGUGUGCACACAUCAUUUUUCUUCUCAAAAUGGUCUCUGUUGCAACUUUUGGCAUGGCUGCUUUGAUGAUUCUGUUCUUGUUCGUGGUCUCAAAGCUACUGCAAGUUCUCUGGGUUGUUUUCUUGUGGCCAUAUUCCUUGACUAGAAGAUUCAAGAAGCAAGGAAUUGUUGGUCCACCUUACAAGCCUCUCAAUGGUUCUCUUGAUGAGAUAAAGAGGAUGAAAAAGGCCGCAGCAAAAACGAUUCUUGACUUAGAUUCAAAUGAUAUUGUUCAGCGUGUUCUUCCACACUUCCACAGAUGGUCCUCAGAAUAUGGAGAAACUUUUUUGUAUUGGCAAGGAUUAGAACCGAAUCUCUGCAUUUCUGACCCUGAAAUGGCCAAACAAAUACUAUCAAACAAGUUUGGCUUCUAUGUGAAACCUGGAAUCAGGCCCACAUUAUUGACAAUUAUAGGGAGAGGACUUAUAUUCGUUGAAGGAUUGGACUGGGUUAGGCACAGAAGAAUCAUCAACCCCGCCUUCUCCGUCGAUAAGCUCAAGGGAAUGGUAAAGAGAAUGGUAGCUUGUACCAGCCCCAUGCUUGAAGAGUGGAAAGAUCAAUCUAUCAGGGCCAGGGACAGAUGCACAAAGAAAGAGAUGAAUGGAGAAUUUCAAAGACUCACCGCUGACAUAAUAGCCCAUACCGCCUUUGGAAGUAACUUUAUGGAAGGAAAAGAGGUAUUUCAGGCACAAAGACAGCUUCAACAGUGGGGUGCAGCUUCAAGUUCUGACAUCUUCAUCCCUGGCAGCCAAUAUCUUCCUACUCCAUCUAAUCUUCGGAUAUGGAAGCUUGAUAUGAAAAUGAAGAGAUUACUAACGCAGAUCGUUGAGAGCAGACUGCAGAAUUCCAGAACAUUCAAUGGCAGUUCCCCAGAAUGUUGUUUUGGAGAUGAUUUACUUGGUGUGAUGAUUGCAGCCUUAGAAACCACAAAAGAUAAAGGAGACCUCAAGUUGAACAUGAAUGAAAUCGUGGAUGAAUGCAAAACAUUCUUUUUUGCAGGGCAUGAGACCACUUCCAACCUGUUAACCUGGACAAUGUUCUUGUUAAGCAAACAUCAUGAAUGGCAGACGAAACUUAGGGAGGAGGUGUUGGAGGAGUGUGGGACAGAAACCCCGGAUACAGAUAUGCUGGCCAAGCUGAAACUGGUGCACAUGGUUCUUCUGGAGGCCCUGAGGCUGUAUGGCCCAGUAAUAGCCAUGGUUAGAGAAGCAUCAGAGGACAUGACAUUGGAGAAUUUAAUGAUUCCAAAGCGUACACUUUUAGUAAUUCCACUCAUCAAAAUGCACAGAAGCAAAGAAUGCUGGGGAGAAGAUGCGAGUGAGUUCAAUCCUCUGAGAUUCAUGAAUGGGAUAUCCAAAGCAGCAAAACACCCAAAUGCUCUGCUUGCCUUCUCAAUUGGCCCAAGGGCUUGUAUUGGACAGAACUUUGCAAUGUUGGAAGCCAAGACUGUGCUUGCCUUGAUUCUCCAGAGGUUUUCUUUCUCUGUAUCCCCUGAGUACAAACAUACGCCAGUUGACAACCUUACCUUACAGCCUCAACACGGUCUCCCUGUUAUCUUCAAACCUCUAUCCAUGUAAGAUAUGAGUCUUAAAGCAUGUUUUUAUCUUUACCAUACUACUAGUACUACUAGAUUGUGGCACAUGUACCAAAAACUACAUAUUGUGGCACUUUGGCUAGUAUAAAACAUGUAAGGUUUG